AUGGCGAAAGUAAGGAUCGGAGGGACAUGGGCUGGAGUGAUAGAGUUAGAAUUGGAGAAUUGGACGGUGGCCAUGUUGAGGGAAGAGGUAGCCAAGCGAUCAAACGUGGACGGCCCUGACUCUAUCAACCUUAUAUGUGCUGGGAAAGUAUUGAAAGAUGGUGAUGGCACUGAAAAGUUAAGCCAAUUGGGUAUCAAAAACACCGCUAAGAUUUUGGCCAGUCGUGUCUCUGUUGAUGAAGGCAAGUCUUUGAAACAUGAGUUGAUGGCCGAGGAAGAACGCUCUCGCAGACUUGCUCGAGUCAAGGCGGCUGCCACUGCACUUUCCAAGAGGCAUGUAGAUGGCUCGUUGCCAAUUGAAGACUUUAAUAUUGAACUUGAAGAUCAGGGAGGGCAAAAAGUACAAUUAGGAACUGAGACUGAUCAGCGGGCAGUGAUGAUGGGUCUGAUGCUUCAUGCAAAUGCAAAGAAUCUAAUUAGGAGACAACUGUAUAAAGAGGCACUGGAAGUUCUCACCAUGGGGGAGGAGGCCUUCUCUCUUUGUGAUCCCAAGGUCCUCGAGCUUGUUGACAAUGUACCAAUGCUGCAAAUAGACAUGGUUUGGUGCUAUUUCUUGCUUCGAGAUAUCAGUUGGCUUUCAGUUGCAGGAAUACGUAUUGAAAAAGCCAGAGAAGGGCUUGAACGUUGUCAUGGAAAGGAUCUCUCCCGUGUUAGACUCCUUCAAGCUGGUUGCCAUCCAGAGCUUGCACUACAUAUGAGAUUGGAGUUGUUGGCAGGGGUAGUGGCAUAUCAUAAUGGUCGGUUUGAUGAAUCUAGGAAGGCAUUGACCUCUGCACAAGCAAAAUUCUCACAGUUACAAGUGCCUGAUGAAGCCUUAUCUCAUGUUAUGAGCAUGGGCUUCAAGGAACAUGAUGCAAGGAAGGCAUUGCGAUUGAACAAUCAAGAUAUUGGGAGUGCUGUUGAUUUUCUUUUUGCUGAAAAGGCAAAGAGAGCACAAAAGCGGGAGGAUGAUAUCCGGCAUAGAAUGGAUAUCAUGGAGCAAAAACAAUAUGGAGUGACACCAUUGAAGAAGGCUGUGAAUCUUGAGAAAUUGAAAGAAUUAGUCGCCAUUGGAUUUGAAAAGAAUCUUGCUGCAGAAGCCCUUCGGAGGAAUGAGAAUGACUUUCAGAAGGCGUUAGAUGAUUUAACAAGUCCAGCGACUAAUUCUGCAAUACAGCUUGAUAUUGAAUCAAGGAAAAGGAAAAGAAAGCAACAAACUGCCGAUGCUAGAAUUGAAGAGCUUGUAUCCAUGGGAUUUGACAGAUCAAGAGUGGUUGCUGCUGUUCAGGACGGUGAAACAAUGGAGCAAACUAUUAGUAGACUGCUGUCUGAAACUGAACAACUCCCCACUGUUGAUGCUAACAGCAAUGGAAAUCUUGCUUCAGAGCCGAACAAUGUGAACCCUGAUAGUUUGACCAACAAUGAUACUGAUGAAGGUCCGUCAACUGCUGGAGAGGAAGAGCGGGAUGUGGAGAUGGAAGAUGAACUUGCAAAAGAAAUAGAAGUUGCAGAUGCUUUAUCAGACUAUGACAUUGAAAUUACGAAAGAAGGUGAAGCCAUAAAUGAGUACUUGACUCUUUUGGCUUCAACAGAUAAUGGCAACAAAGCUUUAUCUUCGUGAUGAGAAAACAAUUCUAAACAGUUCCUUUGUGAAUAGGAUGUAUCCAAUGGUACAUGCAUCAGCUUAGAUGGUAAAUGUCAUUAAUUUCUGGGGUUUUAUGAACUCUGUCUAUCAACACAGAGAUUGUCAUUUCACAUUCGAAUUCUCAGCCUUAUUAAUAUCAGCAAGUAAAUACCGACAUGUGGAUACAUACAUGAAGUGUGUUUGCACUUUGCAUGCAUGAUCGUUUAUGUGCAUAAAUGUCUGUACUUAUGCUGCAUUCCGCCUGGCUAGAAUUAUUGCAUCUUGACUUUCCAGUUC